AUGGGGGUUGGUUCCAUGCUAACAGAGUUUAUCCGGCGUCAACUGCCCACGGAGCUACCCCAACACAUUGUCAUUGUGGCAGAUGGCACUGGAAGAUCCAGUUUUCAGCACAAUUACGAUUUAUUCCCAUGUUGUCUUCUCCAACACGUCCGCCUCUUUGUUUCGUUUAGAAUUCAGUGCCUCUCACUUGUUCUCUACGGUCUGUUUUCCCCCAACACAUCUUCUGAUUCACGAUCCAAGAACCUCGCCACCAUGAAGGAUGCCUUGUCUGACCUCUUAGAUUAUCUUAGGACAGCGGACUUCUUACUAUACAUUACUGUCUAUGGAUCGUACCAUCACUCCAGGCCGAAUAGCACCUUCUUAGAGUGUCUAGAGCUAAUGGGGAGCAUCAACGAGCUCACAGAAAAGCGUGGCACAGAAGUGCAACCAGAGCAGAGGUACACAGUCAGGUUGUCUAUUUUUGUUUCUUAUAGCUCACUGUCUUCUUUGCAUGACGUGUCUGUGAAGAUAUGUCAAGAAAACAGUACAGAGCGCGUGAUAAACUCAACAAUAGAGCCGUCUUCUAUCGCCCUUGCACUCAGUUGCCACGGAAUUAGACCAUACCCAGGUAUCACCGAGGACAUUUAUAUGUCCGGACCAGUCGGACUGGUCCCUUCUCCAUCCCUCACAAAGUGUGUGACCACCCCACUUCCUCCACCAGACAUCUUCGCUAGAACAUCAGAUGAGAAGCGCAUAGGCGACUGCUUCCUUUGGGAAAUUCCUCUUUAUAAGUGCAUGCUUUUGUGGAAUGUUCACUCGUUCUACAAAUCCCCGGGCCCACUUAGGCUGCUGUUUAUAAUUCUAAAAUGGAGCUGCUUUAAGUGUGAACAAGAAGCGUUAGAGCUCCACAUAUCCCGUAGGCAAUCCAGAUACGCCCAUUUGAAGUCUGCCAGACAGAAGAGGGAAGAAGCCAAUGACAGGUGCUCUGACAGGAAGAUCUCCUGCAGCCCAUAUGACGACGAUGCUUUCGAAUCUGUUUCUAUCUUUGCAGACAGGUGGGAGUGCUCUUCAGAAAAGCUCGAGGGUACGCAGAGUGACCUAACCAGAGACUCGGCACCAGAUAAUGCCUCACGAGGGUGCUUCAUAUAUGAAUAG